AUGACGUUCACCGCCCUUCGUGCUCUGCAUACUUUGAUCGGCGAGGCGCUGGACGACAUCGAGCGCAUCUACCGCGACGCCUCCCAUGCCGACUCCCCCACGCCCACCACGCCCUACACCGUCCUUACAGGCCUAUCGCCCUACACGCCCUACCUCCGCAGAGGCUCUCGCGACGAAGAUGCAUUAGCAGCCAGCUCACCGGACGAGGAGCUGUCCGUGUCCGCCGCCCGCUCCCCCAAGACCCCUCUCCAGGGCCGUCAAGCGCGCCAAGGCUCCAUCGGGGGCAUCCCCUUCCCGCCCUCGACCGCGAGCACUAGCGCGGGCUCGGCAGAGGGCACGGUCCAGCAGCUCGACUUUCCCGGGCUCGACGCGGCCUACUAUCCCACAGAGACGCACGAGCCCGAGGUGGACACCGCGGAGAGCCUCGCAUCACACCCGGACGUCAUCGCGGCCACGAACCGGAUAGUGGCCGCCUGCGGCCAGAUCAGCGCGACCGUCCACCGGCCCUUCCUUACCCUUUGCGACGCCGCCAUGGGGUACCAUCUUCCGGCGUGCUUGAGGUUCCUGGAAGCGAGCCAUACGGUCGAGAUCCUGCGCGCCGCCGGCCCGCAUGGUAUGCACGUCCGCGAACUCAGUCGGCGCGUCAACGUCGACGAGGGGAAGCUCAGCCAUAUUCUGCGUUUGCUCGCUACACACCACAUCACUCGCGAGGUCCGGCCGAACGUGUUCGCGAACAACCGUAUAUCAGCCAUUGUGGAUUCUGGAAAGUCGUGGGAGGAGCUCCGGAAAGCCCCACAGGACAAGUACGAGGCGACGAACGGCAUCGCCGCGUUCGUCAGCCUAUGGCACCUGUUCAAGUCUGCAGCGUACCUCGCGGACUGCUACCUCCCGUCACUCUCGGGCAAGGCCGCCGAAGAUGCUCCGCCUAUGCACGCACCUUUUAACGUGGCGUUUGACACCAACACGCCGUACUUUGAAUGGCUCGAGCGGCCAGGGAACGAGGUGCGCCUGAAGCGAUUCGGACCCGCCAUGACGGGCACGGCCGCUUGGGAGAUCCCGGGCGCUGUCACCGUUGCUUUCCCGUGGCAGGAACUGCCGGACGAUUCGCUCGUAGUGGACGUGGGCGGAGGCAUCGGCUCCACGGCGAUGCUGCUCGCGCAUACGUUCCCACACCUCAGGUUCGUCAUCCAGGACAGGCCCCAGGUGGCGGAGCAGGGCAUCGCGGCAUGGCGCGAACGCUGUCCGGAGAUGCUCGACUCCGGACGGGCGAUGUUUCUGGGGCACGACUUCUUCUUGCCCCAGCCACCGCUCGUCCUUCCAGGCUCUGCGUCGCAGGAGCCGGGAACGCCCGCCGUGUACGUUCUGAGGGUCGUCACGCACGACUGGCCCGAUACGUUUGUGGUCAAGAUCCUCUUGAAUUUGCGGAAAGCUGCUGGACCAAAUACGAAGCUGCUCAUCGCCGACCACAUCCUCUCGCACGCGUGUGUCGACGAGCACGAAGACCUGGCCGCGAGCGGACCUGGCGGACAGCUACCCGUCUCUGGGAUGGUGCGCUCCUUGGCACCCGAGGGCUCUCCGCUUCUCCCGAACCUCGGCAAGGCGAACGCAAACGCGUAUUGGCUGGACCUGACGAUGCGAGUAACGUUCAACGCGCAGGAACGCACGCUGCGCGAGAUGGCGGCGCUCACGGCGAUGGCGGGCUGGCAGAUCGUCGCCGUCGCGCACGGCGAGGAGAGCCUCUUUGGCCACAUCACCGCGGUGCCC